AUGGGGCGCCUGGCAAAGUCCGCGACGGUGAUUUCUGGGACAGUGACGACAAGAUCAUGGCAUCUAAAAUCGACCGGCACGACACAAGAAAUGUACGAAUCGGGGAUAUCUAGACGACCUUCGAUGAUAAGGAGACGCCGACAGAUCGAGACGUACUGCCAAGUAAGGACUCGGCAGAGCUCCUUAUGCGAGUCAGUUAUAGCGUCGGAGAACCGCUUGUUGAAGGAGUCGGGGUCGAUGGUGCCUCUGAGCUCGGCGAGUUGCCGCUCGAGCUCGAUGACCUUUUCCUUGAGAGCCUGGAAGUCGUCGGCGGAGGGGGACUGA